AUUGAUCAGAAAGUCGACAGAGGAAAGAAACUUCACAUCUGUGAUCAAUGUGGGAAAACGUUCACUGUAGACAGUAGUCUAAAAAUCCACCAACGCAUUCACACUGGAGAGAAACCAUACAGUUGUGACCACUGUGGGAAAGCUUUCAGUCUUCUUGGUAGUCUUCAAAUUCACAAACGCAUUCAUACUGGAGAGAAGCCGUACAGCUGUGACCACUGUGGGAAAGCGUUCACUUUUCUUGGUAGUCUUCAAAUUCACAAACGCAUUCAUACUGGAGAGAAGCCGUACAGCUGUGACUGGUGUGGAAAAGCUUUUACAACGAGCAGUACUCUACAAGUCCACCAACGCACUCACACUGGAGAGAAACCUUACAGCUGUGAUCAGUGUGGGAAAUCUUUUUCAUUACUGUGUAGUCUUAAAAAGCACAAGCGUGUUCACACAGGAGAAAAACCAUUUAAGUGUGACCAAUGUGAGAAAGCUUUCAGUGAUGAAAGAGCUCUAAAAUUACACAAACGCCUUCACACAGGAGAGAGACCAUACAGCUGUGACCAGUGUGGGAAAUCCUUUACAUUGCCGUGUAGCCUAAAGAGACACUCUCGCAUUCACACAGCAGAGAAUCCAUUUAAAUGUGAUCAAUGUGGGAAAGGUUUCCCUCAAGACAGCAAUCUAAAAAGCCACCAACGCACUCACACUGGAGAGAAACCGUUCAGGUGUGAUCAGUGUGGGAGAUCUUUCACCGCAAGCAGCGAUCUGAAAAAACAUCAACGCAUUCAUACAGGAGAGAAACCUUAUAGCUGUGACUACUGUGGGAAAGGUUUCACUACAGACAGCAGCCUAAAAAUCCAUGAGCGCACUCACACAGGAGAAAAACCAUACAGUUGCAAUCAAUGUGACAAAACCUUCACCUCAGACAGUAAUCUGAAAAAACAUCAUCGCAUUCAUACAGGAGAGAAGCCGUACAGCUGUGACCAGUGUGGGAAAAGUUUCAUGCAAGCAGGUAACCUACAAAUCCACAAACGUAUCCACACUGGAGAGAAACCGUAUUGGUGUGACCAGUGUGGGAAGGCUUUCAUUACAGACAGUAAUCUAAAAAUACACCAACGCAUCCACACAGGAGAGAAACCUUACUGCUGUGAACACUGUGGAAAAGCUUUUGCUCACAGGAAUUACCUAAGAGUCCACCACCGCUUUCAUACUGGAGAGAAACCGUUUAAGUGUGACCAGUGUGAGAAAGAGUUCACUAUAAUGAGUCAUCUAAAGUGCCACAAACGGAUUCACACUGGAGAGAAACCAUACAUCUGUUCUCAAUGCGGGACAGCUUUCAGAAGAGACAGUGACCUAAAAAGGCACCAACGUAUUCACACUGGAAUGAAACCGUACAGCUGUGAGCAUUGUGGGAAAGCUUUCACUAGAGGCAGUCAUCUGACAUGCCAUCAACGCAUUCACACGGGAGAGAAACCGUACUGGUGUGAGCAGUGUAACAAAGCAUUCUCUACAAGCUACAGUCUAACAUUGCACAAACGAACUCACACUGGAGAGAAACCGUACUGGUGUAAGCAGUGUGGGAAAAGCUUUUCUAGCAGCAGUGUUUUAAAAACCCACAAACACUGACUCAGCUUCAUGUUGAACAUGUUUCAGAGGCUGGUUAGUGGUGACCUUUCAUUCUCAAUGCCUUAA